CUUGGCAGUGAACAUCACCAAAGGACCAAAAUGUCAUGUUUGUUUUGAUGUGCGGUAUGCGGCGUGUUGAACAAUAACUUGGGAUUUAUCUGUGUGUGUUGUUUUCGAUAUCGUUCGUUGACGAUUUUAAUUGUGAUUUGUUUGUGGGAAUAUGUUAUGAACGGUGCUAACUUAUCGCACAUCUAAAAUGAUUUGUGAUGAAUCGGAAAACCAUUUAGCAAGAAAGCAACAUAUUCGCUAUUUGCUUCGCCAUCUCGAUAUUCUGCCUUCACGGUUAGCAUAUCAUGAUGCUGCUAGACUGACAAUUUUGUUUUUUGCACUCUCCGGAUUGGACGUUUUAAACGCACUAGAUGAAUUGAGUGAAGAAAAAAAGAAACACAUAAUAAAUUGGAUUUACAGCCUUCAGGUCGUACCGCAAGAGACAGACGACAAAGAAAGCUGGAAGCGAUGCGGUUUUCAGGGUUCGUCUACACUAAACUUUUCGCGCGACAGCAGCGAUUGCUCAGGGCCAUAUGUGUGUGGUCAUUUAGCAAUGACAUAUACAGGUCUUGCAGCACUUAUUAUUCUUGGUGACAAUUUGUCUCAAGUGAAUAAGAAAGCAAUUAUUGCUGGUAUAAAGGCUUUGCAACAAGAGGAUGGUAGCUUUUGCGCAACACUUUCCGGCAGUGAAAGUGACAUGAGGUUUGUCUAUUGUGCUGCCUGCAUCUCUUACAUGCUAAAUGAUUGGUCUGGAAUGGAUGUAGAAAAAACUAUCUCAUACAUCUUAGAUAGUAUGUCAUAUGAUGGUGCAAUUGGCCAAGGGCCUGAUCUUGAAAGCCAUGGAGGAACUACAUUUUGUGCUGUUGCUGCCUUGGCUCUGAUGGGUGAGCUUGAUAGAAAAAUUAGUCCCAUUCAGCGUUCAAGAUUGAAGAAAUGGCUUCUGAUGCGUCAGGUGACAGGAUUUCAGGGACGCCCAAAUAAACCCGAUGACACAUGUUAUUCUUUCUGGGUUGGAGCUUCAUUGAAGAUACUUGGGGUUUUUAAUAUGAUCUCAUACAAGCCUAACCGAUUCUACAUACUUUCUACACAAGACAGAAUUGUUGGCGGUUUUUCGAAAUGGAUUGACACAACUUCAGAUCCAAUGCACACUUACUUAGGUCUUUGUGGCCUUAGCCUUAUGGAUGAAGAGCUGCUAUUACCUGUUGAGCCCAGACUUAAUAUCACGCAACGGGCAUUUGCUACACUUAAGAAGAUUCAUAAAGAGUGGUAGAAUGAGCAGCACAAAUUCUGCUUCAUUAUAUGUGUAUUAGCUGUGCUAGACACAAGGGUACCAAAGUCCAAGUGGUGUUCUUUUUGUAUGAUGAUUGGCAUACUGUAAUUUUUUCAUGAAAAGUGCUUGAAUUUUGAAUUCUAUGGUAAGUACUUUUAGUUUGUGCUCAUGGAUGAUGCCUGUUUUAAAUGAAGCAGUGGCAUUUGCAUCAUAUGUAAACACACAACUGCCUAAUUAUCCCUGAGAUAUUAUAUAGACCAAAUUUCAUGAAUUUAUAGGCUAUUGUGUCUCAGUUUAUUAAUGAAGUCACUUGGAACCCAUUUGAACUGAGUCACAUCAGUGACUUCUAUAGCAAAAGACAAAUUUCUUUGAGACAUUUUUGUACUGUGAAAAGAAAAUCUGUGUUUACUUCUUUUCCAAGAGCUGCUUUUAUGUUGUUCCUAUGGUGCUAUUUUCCCCCACAGAAAAAGUAAGCAUUGAAUUGAUCAACUGUGAGUUUCAUUUUAUGGUUGAAUUACAAUCUGUGAUUCCUUUAUAAUCCUAACAGCCAUGUUAGUUUGUAUAAUGAACAAAAGGAUUUAGUAGGCAUGUUACAAAAAUCUCUGUAUUCCAUUUAAUUGAACAAGGAUUGUAAUUGGUAUUUAAGAGACACAAGAAAUUUUGAUUGGUUUUAAGCUAUGCAGACUAUUAUCAGUACUUGUAUAACAUUAAGCUAAUUAUGAUUUACAUUAGAACACUGCAUAGCUGUGUACAUAGAGCUAUUGCAGUCUCCCAUUGUAUUUUAGUAGAUACUUAUGUAGAUGAUGAAACUUGCUGAUAAACAGGCAUUUGAUUAUUCUGUGGUAUGACUUUUACAUGGGUAAUUACUUAAGCAGCAAUUUGAUCACUGUUUGGUAUUAGCAUCUGAUUAGUGUCCAUUUGUGGGAAUGAAAUAAUGUUUAUAAGCUUUAUGUAUUUUUUUCCUUUUUCCUCGUUUUUUAAAGGAAGCUUUUUGUAAGCUAUGGGGACAGAAAACUAAUUAGAUUCGGUCUGCUUCAGUUAGUCAGUAUUAUUCUCAUGAGGGUGCUGAGGAACUCAUAUAAAAGAUUUUCAUUCAUCAAAUGACACACUGUGGACCAUGAGAGCCCAAAGCACAGACACAAAGUUUUGAGAAAAGAGAUGUUUGGAAAAUCAUAUUUAUAGACAAACCACCACUCUCUUAGGUCUGAACUGUUUUUAACCAAGUCUCAACUUCUGUUAUUACCUAUGAAAAAACUAAUGUGCCCAUUUUAUGGUAUGAAAUAUUAAUUAAUAUUUAGGAUUAUUUUUAUUACUAAUGUUAAAGCUCAAAAUUUCCAUGUGGAGGAUAGUGACAAUAGUGUUGUUUGACAAUUGUAAAGUUUGUAAUUAAUGUGAAACUGGAAUUAGAACAUUUAGAACAGAUAAUGAAUGCACCAUAUACAUAAUUAUGACCUGUUCCAACACUUCAUGUUCCUCAAUAUCAUCAUUGUCAUUAAGCACAUUCUGUAGUUUGACAUUCAGUUAAAACUGCCACUAUUCCCCUGAUUACGAAAUGCUACUGCUAUGUACAUGAUGUAGACACUAAAUUAUGUUGGAAAUGCUAGAUGACACUUGAGCACUGCAGCGUAACAAAAUAAUGUGUUGUGCUUUGGGCCUAUAUGCAGAUGAAUAUCUGAGAAAUGGGUGAGACAUAUUUUUAUUAAUCUUCAUGUUCACAAUGUGGGUCUACUGAUAGAGAUAAAGCUGAUUCACCAUAAGAGCAAUAGAUGGCAGGAACGUGCCUACUUGCUAUAAUCUAAAAGUCAGUAACAGUGUGCUUUAGCCCCUUAUAGUUCUCAUUACUUCAGGUGUAAUGAGUAUUGUGAUUAUGUGCAACAUUUCUUAUGUACAGUGUGACAGUAGGUGUUUAAGUUUAUGCAUUCUCUUUACAAUGUAGUUGUGAGAAGUUCUGUAUACAUUACAUCUGGUCAAAGUUAUCAUUGUACAUAGCAUUUUCAGAAAUUAUUAUGCGACAUUAUUCAGUAAAGAAUGUUGUUCAUUAAUAACAUUAUUUUUGACAUUUAUAAGUGAAUCUUUCAAUCAAAUUAAAUGUUUGAUAUGUUACCUUCUUUUGCAAGUUACUGAGAAAAAGUAUUUACAUGUGUCACUUCUGCUAUGACUGCAGGGUUCCUAUUUGUUAGUAAUAGACUUGUCCUUUAUGUAUAGACCUAUCUUUAAAUCAAAACCUCACCUCUUUAUUUAACAGGUGCUCGUUGUCAUUUAUUGCAUGUUCCUCUUCAUCAAAGCAGUGUAUCCCAUAUAAAUUCAGGAAGGAAAACGGGUAACUGAACGUUUUUUACAUGUUGUAUAAAGCGUUGUUUUGCUACCUUUGUUGUGAGGAAGUUAACUGAUAAACAAGUUUUAAAAGCUGCCUUGGUGAUUAUUUUGCUUGGUAGUGAUAUACUAAAAUGGUAAAAAGUGAUGAGUGAGUGGAUAAUUUACUGUGUAUGUCAAGGGACAAUAAGUAAUUUACACAUUGACUGGCUUCUGUUGAAGCAUUUUUAGUACACGCACAAUAACUUCAUUUCUUCUGCUGCUUUAAGAGCAUGUAACAUUAGUAAUUGAUGCUAAUACAUCUAUUCAAAAAGGAGGAAAGAAAUUAUUCCAGAACAGUAUUAUUUACAUUUGUG